AGUGGUGCAUCAACCACUGUACAAUACACUGAACUGCCUUAUAUUGUGUCCAGGUACAGAAACAUCAUGGCGGGAGCCAACAAGCGAACCAGCGUGUUCCUGACGGUGUUAGCGGUGGUGUUUGUGAUCAUCAUCAUUAUACUGUGUCUAGUGCCAAAACCCUGUCACGGUCCAGAGUGUGACAGCUCUCAGGUUGACCAGGCUAAGAGUAGAGGAGAAGCUCCUCCUGACGUGAUAACAGAUGCAGUAACACAAACCACAUCUACCACUACCACCAUUGCCGGGGCUCCUGCUACAUCUACCACUGCUUCCACUACUACUACCACCACCACUACUGCGGCUCCUACUACUACUACCACCACCGCCACCACUGCGGCUCCUACUACUACUAUUACCACCACCACCACUGCGGCUCCUACUACCACCACCACCACCCCUCUGGCUCCUACAACAGUAGAGCCAACUACACUUUCCUCAACAACUAAGCAGUCAGUCACAUAUACUACUGAAGAUGACUAUCCUGUGCUAGUAACUGACGAGUCUGCAGCAAUGACCUCAACAACACAGGAGCCAACUACACUGCGUUUAACAACUGAAGAAACAACUACUCUAUCUGCAACAACUGAAGAAACAACUACUCUAUCUGCAACAACUGAAGAAACAACUACUCUAUCUGAAACAACUGAAGAAACAACUACUCUGUCUGCAACAACUGAAGAAGAAACUACUCUGUCUGCAACAACUGAAGAAGAAACUACUCUGUCUGCAACAACUGAAGAAGAAACUACUCUGUCUGCAACAACUGAAGAAGAAACUACUCUGUCUGCAACAACUGAAGAAGAAACUACUCUGUCUGCAACAACUGAAGAAGACACUACUCUAUUAGCAACAACUGAAGAAUCAUCCACAUGGUCAUUAACAACUGAGGAGUCUACUGAUGAAUCGACUCUGAUGACUACCACAGAUGAAUCGACUUCUGAUAACUCUACAACAAUCUUCAACGAGACUAAAAGUGAGGGUAUAUGCAACACUACAUCCUGUAAGCGACUGGCUGCAAGAAUGUUGGACAUGAUGGACUUGGGCAACGUUGAUCCCUGUGAGGACUUUUAUCAGUACUCGUGCGGGGGUGUUUUAGACGACUUGUUCCUCGACCCUGAGGACCCCAAAGUGCAAGUUGAUAAUCUUAUCAAAAAUAAGUUGGUGAGUGGUUCCCCGAGUGACUCUGUUGCCGAACCAAUACAACAGUACUACAACAGCUGCUUGACGUUUACACUCGACUACAACGAAACUGAACGCUUGGAACAGGCUAGGAACCUAUUCAGCAAUGUUUCCUUUGAGUUUAAUCCUAAUCCAGCACUAAAGAAAGACGAAUUAUUGCCUGAGUACGACACGAAGUUCAAUUUGACGACUUGUUUGGCCAACAUGAUGAAGUUGCACUUUGCGCCAUUCUUUGAUCUGCACCUGGACGUAGAUGGCAGUGAUAAUAGCAAGUUUGCCUUGAAGUUGACUCCACCUUUGUUUAGUUCACCGUUCAGUGACGACCUAGCCAAGGCUGUCUGUCUCAAGAACUAUACUAACCGUCUUCAAGAAGCUGAACUGUCAACCAAACAGUUGGAUAUCAACAGUGAAUACAAAAUUUAUCAGAGGUGCAAGUCAUUUGAUGAUGGGCUCUCUGCCAGACUGGAGAGAAUGGAGCACGCAGUGGAGCACCUGAAGCUGAUGGAGCACAUUAACAACACAGUCAUUCAGGAUAAACUUUUAGCCCAGACGAGGUUUAACGCAAAUUUCUUCUUAGAGGCAAUAGCGGAGCACAUGCCAGAGAUUCCAGACCUACGCAGGGGAAAUAUCAGGAAGGAAUACCAAGAAUUUACACUUGAGCAGCUAGACCAUGGACCAGUCUUCACGUCUUCAGUAAUUAACUGGCAACAACUGGUGGAGGAAAUGCUGGGUCUUGAGAUCACCAACCCGGCAGAUGUCAAGGUUCAGGUCUACUUCCACGAACAACUCGAUGAAAUCGUCACAGAAAUAUCUGAAGAGUACAGGACUGACCCUCUGAACAUGCAAAACAUUUUGCUUCUCCUGUGGAGUGAGAGGAUCUACACGAGCCUAGUGGAGCCUUUCGGGACCUCGCUGAGCUCUCCUGACUACUGUUUCCGAGCCACGACUUUCCUCAUGGAGGACUUUGCUUCUUACCUCUACCUUGAUGCCCUCCAGCCUCACCUCUCCAGCAAGAAAUCUAAAAUUGAAAAUAUGAUAAAAAUUCACAAGAAGACGGCCGAGGAACAGUUACUUCGAAAAUUUAACGACGCUGAUAAUUCCAUGAUAGAUAAACUUCACAUGAUGUUGGGUGAAGUGGCUGAAAUAGAUAGGAUCAAAGAGGCACUUCAGCUCAACAUGCAAGGUGUUGAAUUAAGUGAUAACUUCCUGGACAACAGUGUGACACUACUACAGAGGUACCGCACCAUGAUGUAUGCUGUCUACUACAAGCAACCAAGUCACCCUCAAGUAAUGUAUGUUACCUCCAACACUUAA